AUGAACGAAGAAGUAAAUUUUGAUUUUUCUCUCCUCGAAUCCGUUAACAACUAUCUUGUUGAUAAUCAUUUCCUAUCUGGUUUUCUUCUUUCCGAUUUCAGUAUUCCAACCAUAUCUGAAGAAUCUUCCAUUAAUAUUGCCGCCGAAAUAUCUUCCAUUUUUGCAGCCAACUCUAGCUCAGGUGAGGUAUGUAGCCGGAGUUCCAGUUUUCUAAUUGAUGAUACAAUCGGGCCCUUGCCAAAUUUCGAUGACUUUGAGAUCCUAACUUCUUCCGAUAUCAUUUCGGCCCCGAGUUCUUCCACUAGUGGUAAUGAGUUUCCGGAUAUUUCAGCAGAUAUUCCGGCUGUCAGAAGUGAUCUUUCUGGUACCUGUUUACCUCCAAUGGAGGAAUCAGCUCUAUGCAUGACGUUAAACUGGGACUUGACGACUGGAAACGUGGUCGCGUUUGGCGAGAAGAUUUUCUCCGGUGAGGGAAACCACCAAUCACCACCAUGUGUAAACGACUAUAAUUCUGACGACGUGAAGAAUUUUGAAGCUCUGCCAAUAGCAUCACUUCAUGAAAGGAGGUACAGAGGAGUGAGACGGCGGCCGUGGGGGAAGUUCACGGCAGAGAUGAGGAAUCCGGAGAAGAAAGGGUCAAGAUUAUGGCUUGGGGACGUAUGA